CGCAGACCGGAAGCAACAGAGCUUUCCAGAAAAUACUUCUGAGCUGAAGCAACUAGAAGAGUGCGGCGGGUUCUCUGGCAAGCUUAGCUCACAUUUUUCUGUGCCGUUGUUGCGUGGACUUCCCACGGAAAGAGAAGGAGGAGAGAGAGCUAGAAGAUGACGUCCAGGACUAUUGAUUACAGUGUGUGGGACCACAUCGAAGUAUCGGAUGACGAGGAUGAGACUCACCCCAAUAUCGACACGCCGAGCCUCUUCCGAUGGAGGCAUCAGGCGCGUGUGGAGAAACAGGUGGCCUUCGAGGAGAAAGGAGAGGAGCUGGAGAGGAACAUGGCAGAGUGUAAGAGACGUCUGGAAGAGGUGCAGUACAGAGUGAAGGAGUUAGAGGAGGAAGGAAAGAAGGAGGGAGAGGAGGAGAGGAAGACUGCGUUGAGCAAGGCCCAGGCCGAGGAGAAGAAAUACAGAAAGGAUCAACGCUUGUGGGAGAAGAAGAUGGAGGAACAUCGGAGAGAGGAGAAAAAGAUGCCUUGGAACGUUGACACGCUCAGCAAAGAGGGAUUCAGCAAGAGUAUGUUGAACAUCAAACCGGAAGCGACAGAAGACACGGAGGAACAGAAGGAGGAGAAACACCAGACUUUUGUAGAUAAACACAAGAAAGAGAUCAAACACUUUGGGAUGCUUCGGCGUUGGGAGGACAGUCAGAAGUACCUGUCUGACCACCCUUACCUGGUGUGUGAAGAGACGGCUAACUUCCUGGUUAUCUUGUGUAUCGACCUGGAGGUGGAGGAGAAACAUGGUUUGAUGGAUCAGGUAGCCCAUCAGACCAUAGUGAUGCAGUUCAUCUUAGAGUUGGCUAAGAGCCUGAAGAUCGACCCUCGCGGAUGCUUCAGAGAGUUCUUCCAAAAGAUCAAGACUGCAGACCAGCCCUACCAGGAGGCCUUUACUGAUGAGCUGGAGUCCUUUAGAGAGAGAGUUCGAGGCAGGGCUAAGAUCAGGAUACAAAAGGCCAUGGAGGAGUAUGAGGAGGAGGAGAGACAGAACAGACUGGGGCCAGGUGGACUGGACCCUGUGGAAGUCUACGACACUCUGCCAGAGGAAAUGAAGAAGUGUUUUGAUGAUAAAGACAUCUCAAUGCUGCAGGAAGCUAUCAGCAAGAUGGACCCCAUGGAGGCAAAGGGCCACAUGAAGAGGUGUAUUGACUCAGGACUCUGGGUUCCCAACGCCAAUACCGACAACGAAGAGGACAAAGAAGAAGACGAGGAAGAGGACAAAGAAGAUGAGGAAGAACCAGAGAAGGAGGGAGAGGCGGAGGAGGAGAAAUGACUCUGUCAUGAAUUGAACCCUUCCUUUUAGACUUUUGACCUUUUCAGACCUAGCUACACCCUUUACUAGCGUUAGCUUGUCUUAUUGAAAAUAUGCUGUGAAGAUGCUAACUUCUCUAGCGUUAAUUGGGCUAGUAUCGCUAGCAUUAGCGUGACCCAUUGAAACCCUGCACCGGGCCAAAGAGUCAGCUCUAGGGUCAGAUUCCCCUCCCCAAUCCUGACGUUAACCAUCUGUGGAAAAUGCUAAACUUCACCCUGCUCCCGUUUCUACCCAUAGUCCCUUUCUCCAUGACCCCAUCUUUAUAUUAACCCCCCCCCACCCCACUUCUUACCCCUGUCGUCUCUUCUACCCAUAGUUCCAUCUUUAUAUUAACCCCCCACCCCACUUCUUACCCCUGUCGUCUCUUCUACCCAUAAUCCCAUCUUUAUAUUAACCCCACCCCACUUCUUACCCCUGUCGUCUCUUCUACCCAUAGUUCCAUCUUUAUAUUAAUCCCCCCCCACACCUCAUUUCCGGUUUAAUAGCACAUGAUCUAUUUGAUUUUGUUAUUCAUAAUUUGUUUGUUUUGUUUUAUAGGCGUAGUUCCACCCUCCACUCCCUCCCCUUCUAGUCACCUAGAACCGGCUUUUGAACUGUUACCUAGAACUUAGAACCGCUACCCAACCAAUCUCACCUCCAUCCCCUCUGAACCAAACUAUCUCUCUCUCUCAGGCCUAUCUCUGUCUCUCCGCAUGGGUCAAACCGGUUUAAACCAGAUGAAACGGGUUAAAACCAGUGCAAUUCUGAUUGGAGCUCCUCUCUGCAGCUGGGACAGAAUGGGUGUGGUCUGUCAGUUGACUCCACCCCUUUCCUUAUUACAGUUGUAAUCUUGCUUAGUAAAGUUGGGCUGCAAAAACAA